CCGCCGCCGCGGCCCCUCCCCCUCCCCCGCGCCUGCUGCUGCUGUUCAGCGGCAAGAGGAAGGCGGGAAAGGACUUUGUGACGGACGCUCUGCGGGACAGGAUCGGGCAUGAGUCGUGUGCCAUCCUGCGCCUGUCCGGCCCGCUGAAGGAGCAGUACGCGCAGGCGGGCAGAAGGGCCCAGCAGGCGGGGGUCCCUUGGCAGGAGCACGGACUGGACUUCGCCCGGCUCCUGGACGCCAGCGCCUACAAGGAGGGGCACCGAGAAGCCAUGAUCCUCUGGGGCGAGGAGCGCCGGCGGCGGGAUCCCGGCUGCUUCUGCAGGGCCGCGGUGGCCGGAGGCAGCCCUCGGCCCAUCUGGCUGGUGAGCGACGCGCGCAGACCGUCGGACCUGUCCUGGUUCCGGGAGGCCUACGGGCCCGUCACGCAGACCGUGCGAGUGGAGGCCGCCCAGGACGCGCGACGGAGUCGGGGUUGGGUCUUCACGGCCGGCGUGGAUGACGCCGAGUCCGAGUGCGGCCUGGACCGGGAGACGUUCGACCACGUGGUCCGCAACGACGGGGACGGCCAGGCGCUGGAGGCCCAGCUGGACGCCCUGGAGGGCCUGAUGCGGCGUCACCUGUAGACACUGCUGGGGACGGAGUUCGAGUCCCGCCGCGCCGCGCCGGGGGACCCUCCGCGGAUUCCUCCGCCUCCUGCCCUCACACCGGAAGGUGGAUGCCGGGGCCCGGACGGUGAUGCAAUAAAUGAUGAUGAUAAUAAUAUUUGUUAAGUGCUUACUAUGUGCCAGACUACUGUAACAAAUGAUAUUUCUUAAGCGCCUACCAUGUGCCAAUCGAUCAAUCAGUCGGUCAUAUUUAUUGAGCGCUGACUGUGUGCAGAGGGAUGGCGAUGCAAUAAAUGAUGAUAACGAUGUGAUAAUAUUUGCUGAGCGCUUACUAUGUGCCAGGCACUGUUACUAUAAUAUUUAAGUGCUUACUAUGUGCCAGACUAC